ACGAUGAUCAUUUAGUAGAAUGGAGGAAAAAAAGAGAAGCUUGUAUCUAUUGUCAUUAUUUAGCACAACAUGGAGACAAAGCAGUUAAUUAUGAUAAUUCUCCACAAAGCAAUUUAUGGUGUUGUAAAUGUAAUGUGCCAUUAUGUUCCUCUAAACAAGACCGAAUUGUUUUAAGGACUUUCAUUCUAAAAAUUAAAAAGCAUAGG